AUGUAUCCUAAAUACAAAAUAUGUACUCAAAAUUAGAAAUCAUAAAAAGAUAGUUCGUAACCAGUUACAUUAAUGUAAAUAUACAUUAAAAUUUUCAUUUUUUUUUUUUUAGAAUAUACAAAAACGAGUACGAAUCAUUGGCACAAUAUAACAUAAUAUUCUAACAGCCGUGUUAGUCACUGUUUGGGUAAUGCCUCGAUUUGUAGCGUCUAUGGUAAUGAACAGGAUUGGCUGUAGAUGUAAUCACAAAACAGUUGUUUUCACAACAAUAUCAUUAAAAAGAAUCAAUUCGUUGAGUAUCAUUUACAAACAAACACAAAUGGAAAUAACUUUUAGAUGCUCAGAUAGAGAAUUUUUCUGUUUUACAUUUAGUUUUCCACGACGCGAAUAUUCCUGCACAAGAUACUGAAUAUAUAGCUUACAUAUGCAAACUUGUAUUUUCAAAGACAAAUUUGAUACAUGAAUAUUGCUCCGUGUAUGUAAUUACUUCCCUUUGUCUAGCAGCAUGCACGUGCCAAUGCAUAAUACAAUCAAUAAUCACCAUCCAGUCAUCUAAGAACGCACGAACUAACUGUUUUCCAAUAAAUGCGUCUUCCUACAUAUUAUGGAUAUCAUUUAUUAAUUCGCACGUGCAUACAAGACAACGUUACACAGGAAAAACUGUGUUUUCAUAGGUACUUUCAAAGAAAACUAAUAACUUCCUGGCUGCCAAGAAUUUACUCGUCUCUUCCUAGUGUGUGAAUUGAAACGUGUUUAGUAGAAUUCAUUAGACGUAGGGGUUCGCUGAGAUUAUGUCGAAACAAAUAACACCGGAAGAUGUAAUCCAGUUUACCUGGCUCAGUGUAGCUUUAAGCUUUUGUUGGCCACCUGCUGACAACAGCAGCAGGAGCCGCGAUAGUUACAAAAUAGCACAAAUCUGUAUUGUCAUCAACGCUUUCCUGAUCCUCCUGCCUUCGUUGUACUCCAUUUAUUUGUAUUUAGCCGAUAUAAGUUUUCACUUAGAGGCUCUCUUCAAAUGUAUCAACUUAACGAUAUACACCACGCAACUUAUUAUUCAAACUUGUGUAUGUUGGAAGAAGCGCGACUCGCUGCAGCGUAUAAUUGAUGAGAUGGUGAAAUGCAUUAACGAGGCGCAGAAAUUCGAAAGAGAUAUUUUCAUGGCACAUAUAGUAAAAUACAAUAUCAUUUACGUUGGUUACGUAGUAGCUAUAUAUGCGUCCCUGACCUUUUUUAUAUUUGGACCUCUAGUCUUACCGAUUCCAAUCCUAGUGGAAGUGGAGUAUCCGUUUCAAGUGAAUUAUACGCCAGUAAAUUUUAUCCUCUACUUGCAUCACAGCAGCGUGUGCCUCGCCGUUACUGCACAUUUAUGCAUAGGCGUGUUUGGUGCGCUCUUAAUGUGGUUCGCUGCCGUAAGAUUCGAAUGUUUAGUCGUGGAAAUUCAGAAAACUACGAACAUUCGUAUGUUAGUUGUUUGUAUUAAGAAACAAUUACACUUAAGAAGGUACGCCGAGGAAGUGGUUGGUUGUUUUCGCUUCAUAAUACUUUAUGUGUUGGGAAUGACAACGUUUACUAUAACUCUAUGUGGGAUUUUAUUAAUAGUGGAUUCACCAGUAACUACGAAAGUGGAGCUCCUCGACGCUAGUGCUUUCUGUCUCUUACUCACUUUCAUGUAUGCGUGGCCAGCUGAUUAUUUACAAGAUGCCAGCGUUAACGUUUCCAAAUGCGUAUACUAUAUGGAAUGGUAUAAACAACCACUAGAAAUGCGAAAGUACAUACUUACCGUGUUGGUCCAUCAGAAACCAGUGACACUUUCUGUCGGUUGCUUUCUGCCAGAGCUUAAUUUACGUUUUUAUUGUUCGGUAAGGCAAAUCAAUAUCUCCCAUGUCAAUCAUGAUCGUGAAUGGAUUAUCGAUAUUUAUGUACUAUCAUUCGUUUUGACAGUAUAUAUAUUUACAUACUUUCGUGCAUCCUUACUUGUUGCGUAUUUACAUACAUCCGAUAUAAGUGUGUAAUAAGUUCGAAGGCAAGGAACUGGGAAAUAAAUAUAUUAUCCUGUUAACCAGGUCGUCACUGAGUAAACAAAAUCUACGGUCGUGGAAAUAAAACAUAAUGAUGUCAUUUUGUUUGGUUUUGGAUCGCGUAAAUGUAAAUACGGGAUAGUUGAUAGAAAGGUUGAUAGGAAGAAAUAUGAAGAAAGCGCGCGGAAAAAUAUAGAGAAUCUUAAAUAAAGAUAUUAUGUUCAAGAGAUUAGCAAUUCGAGUGACUCGUUAUCUAGCUUCCCCUGAUUAACAGGUUAAUUACGAAUAAUACGUAUAUAAAUAACAGGUUGAUAUCAUUUCAGUUCGUGUCCAACGCCUUCUCCUUUUGCACUGCUUUGCGUACCAUGGUACAAGACCACUAAGUAUAUCCUAAAUACGUAAUAUGUAGUGAAGACUAGAAUAUGAUAAAAGGAUACUCAUAAAGAAAGAAAUUUGUUGUUUCAAUGAAAAUAUACAUUAAAACUAAUUAUUUUCAGGAUGCAUGCGCGCGAAAAAAAUCGUUAAUAUUGCUGUAAUAUAAUUUUGGAUACUAUAACAGCCGCGUUACUUACAUUAUGC